CUUUUCGCUUCUGCGUUGCAUCUGGCAACUCAGUUAUGACUAACGUCACGUGUAAACCAAAACAGAAAUAUUUACCGGGAACUUUAAGCCGAACUUACUGUGUCUUUUUGCUAUCUGAAAAAUAGUACAGAUGUAAGAAGUAAUGGUAUUUCAAUAUUCUACAAUAUACUGUUUUACUAAAAUUUUGUAUAAAUCCAGAAAUGUUUUAUAUUUGAAUGAAACAUUCAGAUAUUGCACAACUAAAUCACAGGUGAAACUACCAAAGAAAAAUAUAUCAGAAAAUAAAAAAGAUGGGCAACAUAAAUUUGUUCUUAGAACUCCAAAAGAAAUAUUGACUGAAAAAUAUGGUGAAGAAAACAAAUUAAUUUAUGACCUUACAGAUCAAGGAGAUGAAAAUCUUUCUCUACGAUAUGAUUUGACUGUUCCAUUUGCAAGGUUUCUUGCAAUGAAUAAAAUAUCAAAUUAUAAAUGUUAUCAUGUUGGAAAAGUUUAUAGACGUGAUAGUCCUCAUGCUGCUAAAGGACGAUAUCGAGAAUUUUAUCAAUGUGAUUUUGAUAUAGCUGGUAAAUAUGAUCCCAUGUUGCCUGAUGCUGAAUGUAUUUUAGUAAUUGCUGAGAUUUUAAAUGAACUGGAUUUUAAACACUUCAUAAUAAAAGUAAAUCAUCGUAAGAUACUUGAUGGUAUAUUAACCAUUUGUGGAGUUCCUUCUGAUAAAUUUAAAACAGUUUGCUCAUCUAUUGAUAAACUUGAUAAGAUUUCCUGGGAUGACAUUAAAAAAGAAUUAAUUGAAGAAAAACAACUUAGUUAUGAAACAGUUGAUAUGAUUGGUAGUUAUGUAAAAAGAAAUGGUAGUCUGGAAGUAUUAGAGGAAUUAUUAAGUGAUAAGAGAUUGCUAAAAAUUGAAGAAGUAAAGCUAGCUUUGGAUGCUAUGAAGAAGUUUUUNAUUGUAUUUCCUUGCAUAUCAUUUGAUCUUAGUUUAGCAAGAGGUCUAGAUUACUAUACAGGAAUUAUAUGUGAAGCUAUACUUACAGAACAAAAUUAUAUUAAUGAAGAUGAAACUACAGUGGGAAGUGUUGCUGGAGGAGGACGAUAUGAUAAUUUGAUAACUAUGCUGGAUUCAAACAAGAACAAUGUUCCUUGUGUGGGCGUUAGCAUUGGUUUAGAGCGAUUAUUUUCAAUAAUGGAUGUUAAAGAACAAUAUAAUAAUCAACAUAUUCGAAAAGCAUAUACAUGUGCAGAUGUUUAUGUUGCAUCUGCCCAAAAAAAUAUGCUUCAAGAAAGAAUGAAAAUUUGUAAAGAACUUUGGGAUAACAAUAUUAAGACAGAACAAUCUUAUAAAGAAAAUCCAAAAUUUAUACAUCAAGUUCACAUUAAACAAUGUAAUUUCGUGCGUAUUAACGCGCUAUUAGCGUAUAAUUAUGCAAACGAGCUGCUGCUUGAUAUGCGUCAUCAUGAAAAAGAUUUCCAACGAGAAGAAACUCCGUAUUGUGGACUUGCGAAGAAAAGUUUUUCUGUUGAGAAAACAGCAUUAGAAGUUGAUGUUGGGCGUUCGAAUGUUGCCAGAAUAAAAAAUAAUGAGCUACUAUAUCACGAAAAUUUAAAAGCUGGCAGGAAGAAAACGUUGAGCGCUGAAACUGAAACGUUUGAUAACGAAUGGACGUUACGAUACAUCACAAGUAAAGAGGGAAUUGAAACAUGA